AAAAUGGGCAAUAGGCUUUCCGGUUUCCCAGGUUUAGAUUUUAUAGUCGCUGCUUGGAAGGCCGUUGGCGUCUUGUUGCCAUAACAACCGCCUGCCUCCUGGCUGCCGGGGCAAGGCGGAGCUAACGCGCUGCUGCCAGGACACGGCCCGCGACAGCGAUAGCGACAACGAUAUUGCUGGCUGAUAAGCAGAGCUCCUCUACUUUGCCUUGAGGACCCUUCACUGUCCUGUCCAUUUUCACUGGAGAGGGCUCCUUGGAUAAUGGUACACUAAGAAGGCAUAUGUGAGCCUGCACCCGCAUGGCAUCUAAAGACAAAGAUGUGGCACCUUCACUGGGCUCUCCCUGGGUCUCACAGAUGGGUCCCUGGGAUGCUAUUGUUGAGGCCGUCAAAGAUCAGCUCCCAUCUCUGGACUCGGACUCCUCCUUGUCUGACUAUGGGGAAGAGGAGCCCUUCAUCUUCCAGCGAAAUGAAACUGUCCUGAUCCCAGAUCUGUCAGAGGAGCUGGCUGAAGACCCUGCCGAGGAUGCUGAGUCCAGGACCUGGGUCACUGCGGCUAUUGGGAACCCUCCUGAGCCUCUUCUGGGGCCUGCUGACUUUGCCACAGAACUCAGAAGUGGAUGGAACACAAGGACCAAGGACUCAGCCUCGCAGGAAGGAAGGAGCCUUGUUAGGCCUUUUGAGAGUUGUGGUGAGAUCUUCGCUCUUCUUAGGAUGGCCGGGGUGGAAGGCAACCUUGGAAACAUGUCCUUCCACACUGAAGGAUCCCCAAAUCCUCCCUGGGCCCUGGAGGGAGAAGCCAACCUCUCUCCCCAUGGACGAGACCUGAAGGCAAAGCCCACAAGUGCCACCUCACAAAGUGCUGUGGACCUCAGGGCCCUCCGUCGGGAGAGGAGGAAGAUGAUAGAGAAGGACAUACUCCAGAAAGUAACCCGGAAUGCCCAAGACCCAGCUGGCAGUGGCCACAAUGGGGUGUGGGAGGUGCCCUGCCACGCUGCAGAGUCAGCUCCCAGAACAGAGCUGCCUCCAGAGGAGCCUCAGGCAGGACUACCAGUGCUCUCACUCCAGCAACUUGAAGAGUGGGAUUUGGAUCGCAUCCUUCAGAGUCUGGCGGGACAAGAAGACAACCAGGAAAAUCAUGCACCUGAAACUGUGUGGUGGGCAGGGAAGCACUGCCAAAUCCAAGACCACACUGUGCUGAACACCCAGGACAGGCUUAUGGAACAGCUGGCCCUCCUGUGUGUCCUGCACUCCAGAGCCUCUGUCUCUACCCAGGACGUGCCUGCUGACACACUCCAGGACACCAAGGAGCAGAAGGAUAGAAGCAGAUGUGAUUCCAGGAAGCUGGGCUCCCAGUCUGAGCCAGGCUGGAAACUGGCUGAGGGCACAAAGCACAAUAUGGAGCCUCCUACCAUCUUCAUUGAUCUGCGGCAGGUGGAACCAGCAGCCCACCAUUCCCCAGAGAGCUCCAGCUCCAGCUCCAGCUCCUCUGACAAUGAGGAGGAGGAAGAGGAGCCAGCAGCUUUAGGAGACCAGCAGGGCCCAGCAGAGCAGGCAUCGCCUUUCUCCCAGGGGCUACGGAACUGUACUGGGAAGAGUCAGCUUCUUCAUCAGCUCAGGGCCUUUCGGAAAGGGAUGGCUCAGCUCCAGCUGCCUGCCGGUGAGGGUCCCAGUGGCCAGAGAACUCAGACCUGGGCAGAUAUGGCUGCAGCUGGGACUGGGAAGAAGCAGCACACGAAGCUCUGGGCUGAGGAGCAGAGCACUCAGGCUGGGCUUCCAAGAGGAAGUCCCAGGGCUCUAGGGGAUGCUCUUGGGCCAGGGGCAGCUGGGGAGGCCUCAUUGCUUCCUCUGGAUUCACUGUAGAUGCUCAGCGAGCAGGAUUUGAGGAGCAGGCAGCAGCGGUCUGACUUUCCAGGGACACUGUGUGCCCCUGGUUCUCCAUACAUUUGCACUUGCAGACAAUGUUAAGAGACAGAGACCCUCAGACUAGGGACUAUUCCCAGCCUCUGGUAGAAUUCUGCCUUGCACUUAAGAGCAAGGAUCCAAAUACAGAUUUGUACAUAAGGCAUGACAGCAACUCUGGGAGACGAAGCUGGCUGAUCCCAGUGUGACUGGAAGGACAGCAGAUAGGGUGCUGCUCUGUAGGGCCACAGGCUUUUACCUUUGUCCAUUUCUGCAUGUUUUUCUUUAAGGAAAACCUAUUAUUUCCACCAUACUAGGUCUUUUUAAAAAUAAAGUAAAACAUAUUUAGAGAAUUUCAGAGUUGAAAGAGACUUAGGCCUGAUUUUCUGGGUCUGUGGGUAUUUGGUAUUUUGUACAUUAAGUUAACAUGCCCCCCCACCCCCAACACACACACAAGUGUGCCUAAUAGGCUUUUUGAAAAAGGGAGUGAUUGGAAUUGUUUCUCUUUCUUUAAAUUACCCAAGAUAGGCACACACAGGUCGACCUUUACAAAUCUAGACUAAAUACUGGAUGUCCUGAAACCUAGAAACUGUCUUGGGUGGAAGGGAGCAGUGGCCAUGCUUGUUAAUAACCUGCAGGAGCUGGGGGCUCACUGCCCAAC